AUGUUCCGCAAGAUCAGAGCCAAGCACGCAUCGACGGCCGAGGCAGAUUUUGAAGGUUGGUGCAAAGAGAUGAGGGAUGACGCCGCGGCGGCAACCAAGGAGGUCGUCACUGACCUCGGCGUUGACAAGAUGGAUAGCAGGUUGGCGCACCUACUGGAAGCCAAGGAAGCCCUCCUCGCGAGAUGGAAGAGGCAGAACAGGAGGCUCCGCAAGAAGGUUUCCGAAGUUAACAGGGAGAUCGAACAACACUGCAAGAACCUGUGUAAACAACAAUGGAAUGAGCUGUGCGAAUCCGUUGAGGGUCAGCUCAGAUCAGGAAAAAUCAGGGAAGAUGUCCAAUCGAGAAGGUGUCUCAAACACCUUCGCGAUGAGGGCAGCACCAGAUCCAGCCCGAGAGGAUCGCUCACGCGAGCCAUCCACCUCGCUACGGACUCUACCCUGGACGAGUUGACUGUCGACAAGCUCAUAGACAAGUACCUGCCAGUAGAGGAUAGCUCUGCCCCUACCCAGUUCCCGGACUACGCGGGGUAUGCGGUACCUGAGCUGGACCAGGACUUUACCGCGACCGAGAUCCGAGAUGUCCUUUUCUCCCUCAACGUCAAAUUUGCCCUUGGCCCGGAUAACGUCAGUAGCAGGAUGCUCAGGAACGUCGAUGAUGAGUCGAUCAACUUCCUCACUGAAAGGAUUAAUGAAGUCUGGCGUAGUGGACAGGUCCACACACAAUGGAAGACGGCCUGCACGGUACUCAUCCCCAAACCCGGUAAAGCACCACAAAUCGACGAUAUAAGACCGAUUUAUCUGACGUCCUGUGUCAGUCAGGUCGCAGAAAAUGCCCAGCUCAACAGGCUCAAGGUGCGCAUCGAGACCAGUGACAUGUACACCCACAAUAUGAUUGGUUUCAGAGCCGGCAUCUCGACACAGGACGCCAUGAACCUGAUAAAGCAUCAGAUCAUUGACCUGAGCACGGGUGAUACCAGAGCCAUCGCUGGAUUAGACCUACAGAAGGCCUUCUAG